AUGCUCAAGCCCAAGGACCUGUGCCCCCGAGCGGGUACGCGUACCUUCCUGGAGGCCAUGCAGGCGGGCAAAGUGCACCUGGCCCGCUUUGUGCUGGAUGCGCUGGACCGCAGCAUCAUCGACUGCCGCGCGGAGCAGGGCCGCACGCCGCUCAUGGUGGCCGUGAGCUUGCCAGACCCCGCGCUGCGCGCGCGCUUUGUGCGACUACUGCUGGAGCAGGGUGCAGCAGUGAACCUGCGGGACGAGCGCGGCCGCACGGCGCUCAGCCUGGCGUGCGAGCGCGGCCACCUGGACGCCGUGCAACUGCUGGUGCAGUUCAGCGGCGACCCCGAGGCGGCCGACUCGGCGGGCAAUAGCCCGGUGAUGUGGGCGGCAGCGUGCGGCCACGGGGCGGUGCUCGAGUUCCUGGUGCGCUCUUUCCGCCGCCUCGGCCUGCGCCUCGACCGCACCAACCGGGCGGGCCACACGGCGUUGCAACUGGCCGCCGCCCGCGGCCACGGGACCUGUGUGCAGGCCCUCACCGGGCCCUGGGGCCGCGCAGCCGCCGCCGCCGCCGCCGCCGCCGCGGCUCGGGGCUCCAACUCCGACAGCCCCCCUGGCCGUCCGGCUCCCGCGCCCAGCCCGGAGCGCCGAAGACCCAGUCCCCGCCGCCUACCGCGGCCGCUUCUGGCGCGCUUUGCUCGAGCGGCCGGCGGCCAUGGUCACGGCGGCGAGGCUGGCUCAGGGGGUAAGGGCUUCGGUCGGCACCGGGUGCAGGGCAGCGAGCGGCCGGAGCUGGGCCGGAGCAUGAGCCUGGCGUUGGGUGCCGUGACCGAGGAGGAGGCGGCUCGACUGCGGGCGGGAGCCCUGAUGGCACAACCACACUCGCCUCAGUCUUCAGGCGUUGGGCGGUGGCGUUCGCAGGAGGUGCUGGAGGGAGCGCCCCCAACCUUAGUGCAAGCCCCUGUCGGCCUUAGCCCCCACCCCGAGGGCGGCCCCGGCUCUGGCCGCUCGGGUUUGCGCCGACGCUCUACAGCUCCAGACAUCCCCAGCCUGGUCGGGGAAGCACCUGGGCCCGAGAGCGGCUCAGAAUUAGAGCCCAACGCUCUGCCCCAUUCGGUGCCUGGGCCUCAGCCUUGGCAGGCGGGCACGGAGGCCGUGGUGCUGCACGCUCAGCAGUAA